AGGGGACGAUGGAGUUCUCCAGGCACCUCUUCAGUAUCAGCGAGGCGCUGGCCACUGAUGACCUGGCUGCUCUCAAGUUCCUCAGCCUGGAGCACAUCCCCUUGAAGAAGCAGGAAGCCAUUCAGGACCCCAAGGCCUUCUUCCAAGCGCUGCAGGAGAAAGCCCUGGUCAGCGACGGUGAUCAGGCCUUCCUGAAGGAGCUGCUCUACCGGAUCAAUCGCGUGGACAUCCUGGUUUCCCACCUGGGCUCCAGCCGGGAGGAGAUGGAGAGGGAGCUUCGGAUCCCAGGCAGGGCGAAGGUGUCUCCGUUCAGGUACCUGCUCUUUCAGUUGUCUGAAAACAUCACCACUGAGGAGCUGAAGUGUUUCAAAUUUCUUUUGGGAAAAGAACUACCAAAAUCCAAGCUGAACACUGAGAAUACAAUGAUCGACGUUUUCACUGAGAUGGAGAAGAAGGGGAUUUUGAGAGAAGACAACCUAAAGGUCUUGAAGAGUCUUUGUGAAAAAGUUGACAAGAGCCUUGUGAAGAAAAUUGAAGAGUAUGAAUUAAGCCUAUGUGGUGAGGAAGAGAUGCUCUGCACAGAGGGACAGAGUAGCUCUGUGAUCCUAGGAGUCACUGCAGGCCAUACCAGACAGCUGGCCUCAUUUCUGGCACCUGAUUCUCCUGCCAGACAUUGUGCAUCUUCCCAGCUCGAAGUUUACAAAAUGACCAGCCGACCUCGGGGAGUGUGCCUCAUCCUGAAUAACCACAAUUUUGAAAGAAACGGGGCAGAAGUGGCUGGACAUAAGCUGAAGGAUCGGAAGGGGACAGAUGUGGAUGCAGCGGCUCUAAGCAAGGUCUUCAGCAAGCUUCACUUUAAAAUAGCAGAACAUAAAGAUCUGACUGCAAAGGAAAUCCAUAACGUUGUGAAAAAGUACCAGAAUGAAGACCACAAGGACAAGGACUGCUUUGUUUGCUGCAUCCUCUCUCAUGGAAAAAAAGGCAUUAUAUAUGGUGUUGAUGGUCAGGAAGUACCUAUCCAGGAACUAACCACUUAUUUCACUGGGCAGAAUUGCCACUCGCUUGCAGGAAAACCAAAAGUCUUCUUUGUUCAGGCUUGCCAAGGUGAUGCUCGCCAGCAAGGUGUAGUCAUUGAAGUGGAUUCUACAGGGCAAGAUUCUUCUGUAGAAACAGAUGGGAGAUUGCAGCCUGACUUCAUCCCCUCCGAAGCAGAUUUCCUCUUGGGCAUGGCUACUCUGCAGGACUAUGUUUCCUACAGAAGUCCAAGCCAUGGGAGCUGGUAUAUACAGUCACUGUGUCAGCACCUGGAGAACAGCUGUCCUCGAGGAGAAGAUAUUCUCACCAUCCUGACAGCAGUGAAUGAAGAGGUGAGCAGAAAGCUUGACAAGCAGAAUGCAGGGAAGCAGAUGCCACAGCCCAGUUUCACACUGAGGAAAAAACUCAUCUUUCCUGUCAACUGAACGUGAGGGAACUGCAGAGCAGCAAUUUGGAAAUUGCUGGUAGAAGUUCAGGCUUUGGUAAAACAUUGCUGACAACUUGCACUGUCUGCUUUUAGCACAAGAGCAGCUGCUUUAUUGCUC